AUGGAGGCCGACACUCUCCAAACCUUCGCCGCGGCGGUUCAACAACAAUAUCCUGCUUUCAGUAAUGAGAAUGACAGCGCCUCACAAGAUGCUGCCGCGGCUGCUGGAUAUGCCCCUGCUGAAUCCCUCAACGCCAGCCCUCACAACCAAUCCUAUCCCAUAAUCCUGCCACCACUUCUGCUGCCACAACAGACAAACAGCCCUCCCGCCCCCCAGACCCAGACCCGAAGACAAAGCAAUAAUUCGAGGAAUACAAGCAGUUCAAGCGCGAAUGUCGCUAUGCGCAGUCCCCAGCAGGCGCGCCCCGCCACAUCGGCUCAGACUCGAGCUUUCCAGAAUGCGGGUUCGACCACCCCGUCUCGCACCGGCGGCAUCGUUUCGAAUACGACUCCUCAAACGCAGGCCACGCAGAUGAGCCAGCAGCCGGAUAACUUGCAGGUGCAGCCAGACCCGGCGCAAUCCCAGAAGCAGAACGGCUUCGUCUUCAGAAACUCCUCGUCUGCAUAUCCGAAUGGCACUCCCACCCCGGCUCGAUCUUCAUCAAAACAGUCACAAGUCUACACCACACCACAUGGCGUGGUCCAAACUGAUCCCUGGAUGUCCCAUUACCAACCCACCCCUUCCACUACUGAAGGCAAUGCCAGCUCCAACGCCAACGACAACAACGACAACGGAGAAACCGAGCCCGUUAUUGCGGCAAACCCCUUCAGCGACACAUUCCCUUUAGUUCUUCACCCGCCAAACCUCGAGGAGUGGCGUAACAGACUUUUCAAUAUCGUUCAACCACUGGUGCUGUCCGAAGAAGAGUUCCUCACCUACUUUCCCCAUGUUGACAAUAUCUACUCUCAUCGUUCCACUCAAAAAUACAAGCGCAAGGCCUUCGUCAGUCACUACUGGGACUGUCGACUGAAGGGUCGCCCUAGCGGUACCCCCAAGAGUGAUGAUCCCAACAAGCAAAAGCGCAAGCGUCAGGCUCGGGAGCGAGAUCUGUGCGAUGUCAAGAUCAAGAUCACGGAGUACUUCAGUGCCGAGGACGCGAGGAAAAUGGGGUUGGGGGCGGGGAACGACACGAACGGCGUCGACAACAGUGCUAAUGCUAACGGUACCAUGGCGAAUGAUAUGGGCACUUAUGGGGGCGUAGACAACGGCGAACUAACCAUUGUGAUGGAAGACGGUAGCCACGGUCUCGGCGGCGUUGGUAGUGGUGGUGGUGCUCUUCACAACUCUACCAACCCCAUGGAUCCAAAUUUUGGCCUGCUCGAACUUCCCCGCCCUCUACCGCGAGGCCAUCCCGGUGCUGAUGGAAAACGAUGGUUCACCAUUCAACGAGUCCGAGGCAACCCGGGGGGUGGAGCUAUCAAGGACUCGAAACGAGACAGUAAUGCCACCGGCGACGCAGAAGACGAAAUACAUCACUCCCUGUUGGAUCCCAAUCUGAAUUCCGAUUUGGAUCACAAGCAUACUCUCGAAGAAAGCGAUCGGAUUAAAAAGAAUAGCGUGCAAAGAUGGUUGUUGAAAGAAGAAAAGGAGAAGAAGCGAUUGAGUAAAAUCCCCACCCUCGCUUCCCUCGAUCAAUUCUCAUCAAACAACGAGUCGACCUCUCCUUCGUUCAAAGCCUCGGGAAUGGCUUUCUUCACUGCCCGGUCUCACGCCGCUCCCGCCCCCACAAAGAUGACCUUCUUCGCCAAUUCCUUUUGCCCCUUCGCACAACGCAUCUGGAUUGCCCUCGAGAUCAAAGGUAUUCCGUAUCAGAUGGUGGAAAUAAUGCCCACAACUCUCGACAGUUACAGACCACCAGAGAUGCUGGAAGUGAACCCUGAAGGGAAUAUUCCGUGUAUAAGGCAUGGGAAUUGGGGCGUCUGGGAAAGCGGCGUUGUUUUGGAGUACCUCGAAGAUUUAUCUAUGGGGCAUUCUCUCCUGCCCCUGGGCAACCCGCAACUGAGAGCACAUUGUCGGCUGUGGACGGACCAUAUCAACCGCAAGAUUCUCCCAAGUUUUUACAGCUUACUGCUUACCCCGCCUCCUUCGCCCAAUGUCGAACAACCACUGGGUCUAGACGGCAUGCAGGUCGACGGAGAUGCACACGCACAAGUCACUAACGCGGCGUCAGCGGCGCAACAUAGCAUGCUCGUUGCCACGUUACAAAAGAACAUCACCGCGUUGGUCAACGCCAGCCAUGCGACAGGGCCGUUCUUCCUGGGCAAUGAGAUUGGGUUUGUUGAUGUGGUCUUUGCGCCCUGGAUCAUCCGGCUCUCCCGCGUCUUGAGCUAUUAUCGCAACUUUCCCAAACCGGAAGUUGGCACGCGCUGGAGACAGUGGGUUGAUGCUAUCGAAGGGGACGAUCGUGUGAGGAGGACCGUGAGUGACGAAAACUCUUACCAUGGUGUGUAUAGAGGUGUGGGCGAGGAUGGAUGGUGCGCGAAAGAUGUGCAUAAGCCCAUUGUGGAGAUCCAGUAUGCGAGGAAAGUCGUUGCGCAGGAGGGGUUCGGCUUAGGUGGUGAUGUCUGGGGGCGUUUGCCAGAGGAGGAGGCCGCCCAUAAUGCUGACGGUAUUGGGCAGACUGUAUCAUGA